AUGGGGCGAUCCGCUAGCUCUGCCGGGGCCACCGAGGCACCGCCGACUUCCUCUUCCGGCCCUGCCCGGAAGACGCGGAAACCCCCGACAGUGCUCGGGGAGUCCCUGCUUGGCAGCUGCGCGCUCUCCGCCUUUUGGAACCUGGAGCCGCUGCUUGCGGGCCUGGGCUUCUUCGGCCAGAUCUCCAUCCUUGUCAAACACCAAAUAACUCACAGCACAGAAAGACCCUAUGAGUGCAGCGAAUGUGGGAAGACCUUUAAACGUACUGCUGAACUCAUCAGACACUGGAAAAUUCACACAAGAGAAAAGCCUUAUGAGUGCAGCAAAUGUGGAAAAUCCUACACACGAAGUUUCAACCUUGUUGAACUCUACAGGAGCCACACCGGAGAAAUCAGUUAUGCAUGUUACACAUGCCGCAUAUGUGGAAAAUCCUUUAAACAAAGCUCCAAGCUCACUCUUCACAAGAGGGUUCACACAAGAGAAAGGCCAUAUGAGUGUGAUCAGUGCGGCAAAUGCUUUAACCAAAUCUCCAGUCUUAUGCAACACCAGAGCAUUCACACUGAAGAAAGGCCUUAUGAUUGUGCUGAGUGUGGGAGAUCCUUCAGCCGGAGGUUCAACUUCAUUGAACACCAAAAGUUUCACACAGGAGGAAGGCCUUACCAGUGUGGUGAAUGUGGGAAGUUCUUUAGCCGAAGCUCCAUCCUUAGUGUACAUCAGAGGGUUCAUACAGAAGAGAGCCUUGUGAGUAUGGGGAGUGUGGGAAAGUCUACAGAUGAGUCUCCAGCCUCAUUGAACACCAGAGGGUUCACACAGGAGAGAGGCCUUUUGAGCGCAGUGAUUGUGGGAAUUCCUUCAUCCAAAACUCCACCCUCACUAGGCACCAACGAGUUCACACUGGAGAGUUCAGUGGAGAGUUUGCUGGAGAUUUCAACGAAGAUUUCAAUGAUGAGUUAUCCAGAGAGUUCGCCUUGGAAAAUGCACUAUGAAUGCUGUCAAAACAGCAUACAUACUCUUUAA